AUGUGGGUUCUUGAACAAAUUUUGGAAGCAAUGUCAGGUAAGUCGCCUAUAUCUGUCAUUACUGAUGGCGGUCUUGCAAUGAAGAAAGCUAUAAAAAAGGUGUUUCUGAAUGCUUAUCAUAGGUUGUGUGCUUGGCAUCUAAUUUGCAAUGCAAUGUCUAACAUUAGAGUUCCUGAAUUUGUUAGUCAAUUUAGGAAAUGCAUGUUGGGUGACUAUGACCUGGGUGAGUUUCGGCGCAAGUGGGCUGACAUGAUUGACGCAUUUGGGUUGCAUGACAUCAAGUGGGUUACAGAAUUGUAUGCAAAGAGAAAGACGUGGGCUACAGCUCAUAUACGCGGAAAACUUUUUGCUGGGUUCAGAACUACCUCCCGGUGUGAAGGUUUACAUUCACAAAUGGGGAAGUUUCUUCACUCACGAUAUAAUUUAAGUGAAUUUUUCUUACAUUUUCAUCGGUGUCUUAAUUACACGCGUUAUAAGGAGGUAGAAGCUGACUUUCUAUCAAAUUACGGCUAUCCUGUGCUACAAACAAGAUUUCAAAGCAUGGAGCGUUGCGCUGGGAAGUUAUUUACAAGAGAAAUAUUCUUUUUGUUUUGUGAUCUUCUUGCACGAUCCGCGGAGAUGGUAGUGGCAACAUGUCAUCAAACUUAUACUUGUAUCAUAUACACAGUUCGCAAGUACCAAGCAUCAAAAAGGGAGUGGAACAUAUCAUUCUAUCCUGAUGAUGACGUUUUUAAAUGUUCUUGCAAGAUUAUUGCACUAUUGAUUUUUUAA